UAUUCUUUUCCCUUCCCUCUUCUUUCUUCUCUACCAAUUGCAAUGAAGUUCCAAUUGUUACCUGCUUCCACUGUUCUCUUACUUGCCUCGGCGGCGAGCGCUGUUCCGCUCUUUUCCCGCUUCGAAACUGCCCCAGACUCGCCUCAGCACCGGCUUUCGAGCUUCUGGCCGCACUUCCCGGGCUUCCACCCUAAGCCGGACAUCAACACGACCGCUUUACAAGAGCUCGUCACGGCGGCUGAGUUGGAGGAACGCGCCAAUACGCUCUACGAAAUCGCCAACUCUUCGGUUGCCGAAUACGGUAACCCGACGCGUGUCAUCGGCUCCCCAGGUCACCUCGGGACUAUUGACUACAUUCUCGCCGAGUUGGGCAAGCUCAGCAAGUACUACACGUUCUACACGCAGGACUUUGAGGCACUCGACGGUAAGGUCAAGUCGUUCUCGUUGUUAGUCGAUGGUGUAGAGCCAAAGUCCGUCACGGCGCUUGGCUUCACCCCACCCACCAAGGACAAGAGACCGGUCCACGGGGACCUCGUUUUGGUCAAGAACUUUGGCUGUGAGCUCUCUGACUUCCCGGCCGCUGCCAAUAACUCCAUUGUGUUGAUCCAGCGCGGGGUUUGUCCGUUCGGGGACAAGUCCCUGAACGCCGGUAAGGCCGGCGCCUUGGCCGCGAUUGUCUACAACACCGAAAAGGGCCCAUUCCGCGGCACAUUGGGGACGCCUACGGGUGACGAGGUUGCGACGUUAAGCAUUUCCCUGGAAGAUGCCGAGCCAUACCUCGCGGCGUUGGCCAAGGGCAAGCAUUUGGAGACCACUGUCUACGUUGACUCGUACGUCGUUCAGAUCAAGACCACCAACAUUGUGGCCGAAACUAAGCAGGGUGACCAUGCCAACGUGGUCAUGUUGGGUGGCCACUCUGACUCUGUUGCUGCGGGCCCCGGCAUCAACGACGACGGCUCUGGCUCCAUCUCGUUGUUGACCGUUGCCAAGGCGUUGACCAACUUCAAGGUCAAGAAUGCGGUUAGAUUCGCGUGGUGGGCCGCCGAGGAGGAGGGUUUGUUGGGUUCGGACCACUAUGUCUCGCAGUUGACCGAGACGGAGAACCAGAAAAUCCGCUUGUUCAUGGACUACGACAUGAUGGCCUCGCCAAACUAUGCCUACCAGGUGUAUGAUGCCAACAACCUGGCCAAUCCUAACGGCUCUGAGGAGUUGAAGAACUUGUACAUCGAUUGGUACGUCGAGCACGGCUUGAACUACACCUUGAUUCCGUUUGAUGGCCGUUCCGACUACGACGCUUUCAUCAAAGGCGGAAUUCCUGGCGGUGGAAUUGCCACUGGUGCCGAAGCCGUCAAGACCAAGAAGGAACAGGCCAUGUUCGGCGGUAAGGCCGGGGAGUGGCUUGACCAGUGUUACCACCAGUUGUGUGACGACUUGGAUAAUGUGAACUACGAUGCCUGGGUCGUCAACACCAAGUUGAUUGCUCACAGUGUGGCUACGUAUGCUGGGUCGUUUGACGGCUUCCCACAGAGAAAGGAUGCCGCAGUUAGUGCCGUUGUUCCACCGUUCAAGUACCACGGCAACAAGCUUAUUAUGUAGCGAUGGAAUAGAUAAAAGUAUGUUUUUAGAUUAGCGCUGAUUGUAAGGUGGGCACUGUCAAGGGCGGAGGUGGGUAUUCUGGCACGGACGGGAAACACAGAGUAUGGGGUUUAUAUCUCACAGCCUCACCGUAGUGCCAUUUUUAUUAUUAUUCGAAUUCGGAUCUGAUUAGCCCGAUAUUGUUUUAUAGCACCAAACAUAGAGCCCUGACGAUCGAUUAACCUUGUGCGAUACCGGCGCCGGUAGCGGCCGUAAACAACAACACCUACACCAUAGUCUGGUUAUGUACAAUAC